GAUCGGCACGCUCACCAGUCGCCACACACGUCUCGCCGGCUGCGACGCUUGCUCAUCUGCUCGUAGACACGCACGCAUACGCAUCUAUGGCCGCGGAAGAGGUGGCGGGCACGACGGCGACGUUCCGGCGCGUGUACGAAACCCUCAAGGCCGAGCUUCUCCGGGACUCCGCCUUCGACUUCAACGAGGACGCCGUCCGGUGGCUCGACGCUCAGAUGCUGGACUACAACGUGCUCAGUGGAAAACUGAACCGUGGCUUGGCGGUUAUUGAGAGCUAUAAACUGUUGAAAGCUGGGUCUGAACCGAGCGAGGAUGAAGUGUUCCUCGCUUGCAUUCUUGGCUGGGGCAUUGAAUGGCUUCAGGCGUACUUUCUAGUUCUUGAUGAUGUCAUGGAUAAUUCUCAAACCAGGCGAGGAAAGCCUUGUUGGUAUAGACUACCAAAGGUUGGCCUCAUUGCCAUAAAUGAUGGACUUAUCCUUCGCAGCCAAAUUUCAAGGAUCUUCAAGCGAUACUUUUACGGAAAAACUUACUAUGUUGAUCUCCUAGACUUAUUCAACGAGGUCGAGUUUAAGACGACUUCAGGCGAGUUGUUGGACCAAAUCAUAACAAAUGAAGGGAAGAAAGAUUUGAGCAAGUAUACUACAGAUAAUUACCGCCGCAUUGUUGAAUACAAAACAGCUUACUAUUCAUUUUAUUUGCCGGUCGCUUCUGCACUGCUUUUGUCCGGUUGGAAUUUGGAUGACUAUGUUCAAACAACGCACAUCCUAGUUGAAAUGGGUGUUUACUUCCAAAUUCAGGACGAUUAUCUUGACUGUUUUGGUGAUCCGGAAGUUAUGGGCAAGAUUGGAACGGACAUUGAAGACUACAAGUGCUCGUGGCUAUUUGUUCAAGCACUUUCCCGCGUCAAUGAGCAGCAAAAGGGCAUCUUAUUUGAAAAUUAUGGAAAAUCAGAUCCUGCUAGUGUCGAAAAAGUGAAGGCUCUGUAUAAAGAGCUCAAUCUCGAGAUGGCGUUCUCUCAGUAUGAAAGGGAGACUUAUGAAAAUCUGACCUCAGACAUCGAGGCACAACCGAAUGAAGCAGUACAAGCAGUGUUGAAAUCAUUUUUGCAUAAGAUAUACAGGAGGAGGAAAUAGAAUAAUAUCUCAUAGAAUAAUCUUAGAUUCUGGUGUUGAUGUGAGUUCUUGCUGUGUUUGUGUACCCUCGUUAUGAUAUAUUAAACUUACAGGACAGGUGAAUCUUUGGGAAACAUGCAGAGAAGAA